AUGGGUGGGGUUAGGCAACGUGGGCUGCCGGUGCACGUCGAGACGCCGGUAGUGAAAAUGAGGAAAAGUUUAUUGGAAUUUAUGAUUACAACGUAUGAUAGUAGUAGAAAGCGAUUUAUUAUUCGGCCAAAUACUGACGGCAUCAGUGUGCUUAAUGAAGAUGUUUAUGACAUAUUCGGGCUAUGUAACGAGGGUGAUGAUGUCAGUGGCAUGAUAGCAACUGUACAACUAGAUGCCAAAAAAAUUGUUCCGAAUCGGUUUCUAGACAAAAGAACAGGCCUAAUCCUCAUCGAUGAGUUGAUAAAAAAUAUUGUUGAUACUCAGUCAUAUGAUGAUGAUUUUGUGAGAAGGGUCGUACUGGUUCUUUUGGGUACAGUCUUAGCACCACAAUCCACCAAGUUUGUUCCUUAUCGUCAUUACAAAAUGGUGGAGGACGUGAACGCUAUCAAGUCAUACAAUUGGAAUGAUUUCACGUUGGGGGUGUGCAUGGAUGCUAUUAAGAAAUCGGUCGAAGAUCUUGAAAAAUUCAAGUGGCCUAUCGGGAACUUGGCUCUUCUUCAGUAUAUAUACUGGGAAAAAGUUGAGCCAAUUGGUGUGGAUACAUUUGAUCCUUUGUCUCGUGAAUACCCACUAAUGCUUAACUGGCCAGAAACGGAAGGGACAAAGCGAGACGACUAUGACAACAUGCACGGGCGUGGCACCGGCAAUAUUGAAAACUGUGUUAGCGAAGAGUACAGACGUGCUAAGGUAGCACGUGAAGGGACUGUCCUAGAGGAAGAAACGAAGAAACCUAAACGGAAAGGUGGUGGCAAGAGUAGAAAGCCAAGCACGUCCGCGGUUUCAUCGAGCACGACUUAUAGUAUGGACCGUGUGAUGACAUACAUAAAGCUGCUUCACAAGGAGAUGGUAAUGGAAAGGUUGAACACGGAUGAUGUGUUGUACAAACCCAAUAAGAGGGACAACAAUGACGAAUUUGAUAAUGUAGAUGAAGGAGUUGGGAUGGAGAAUGGCCAGUACAAGUCAUCAAAAUAUUGGCCAGAUAUUGAUUCACCUACCGAUGUAAAGAUAGGAACAUCUUUCACGGGUAUCAAUGAUACAUCCGUGCCCGUUGAUGACACGGGUGCUCCGGCGACGACACCGGGUAAAGGUGAAGCUACUGAUCCUUUCAUUAUAGACGAUAAUGGAAACUCUCCAUCUUCGGCAUCAACUGUACGUACAAAAGACUUUCUGUCUAUGUCCCGAACCCCGCAGAAUGUUGAUAUUUCUGGUGAGUCUAUGGAUGCUUUGUCACCAACAAAGUCCAAAGACACGUUCGAGAGUUACCCGGCAGAGAGCAACAUAGAUAAUGGUGAAGGAAGUCAGGAAAAUGAUGGUAAGCGCAAAAGAAAAAAGUUGAAAUAUUGCCAACCCCCCUACGACAUUCUCAUUACCCACAAGAAACGUGUUAAAAAAAAUCUGUUUGCAUCGUCAUCACAUUCAAUUCUAGCAAGUUCUCUUCAUAUGACUCCGGAUCACAUAGAGGCAGCCAGAGUUUUUGUUGAGACUCUCCCAUCGACAAAGAAGCAUGCACACCGAACCGUGGUCGAUGUGCCGCCACCAGAUGGGGACAUAUGCACGCCAGCUAUGCUUCACGAUGUCCUCACGUUUAAAUGGUUGAAUGGCGCUGCAUAUUUUCCUAUGCAUGUUAAUGAUAAUUAUUGGAUAACCAUAGUGAUGCACACCGUCAAGGAGGAGUUUCAAGUUCUUGACUCAAAUUCUAAAGGCGCAAUUUGUCAAAGAAUUCGCAAUAUGAUUGCCACCCUGAGAGCUGAAACUUCUAAGGAUAUUAUGGAGGCCAACUCAACUCUUGAAUCAAAAAAAUUUCCAGAUGUCUCAUCGUGGCCAAUUAAUGAAUAUAAAAUGCCGAGACAAAAAGAUGGGUAA